CCCAAAUCUCUCUCUCUAGAGAUAAUUUUUUCAGAGAGAGAAAUAAGAGAUUUCUACUUGAUCUGCCAUUUUUGCCCAUCUGGGCUUCAUCUCAAAAGCUCCUCUGUUUUCAACCAAAAGCAAACUCUGACACACAAACGUAUCCCACAAGCAAAAAUCACUCCAAAAUUUGGGCUUCUUUAAAUCUUGAAAAAAUCCUGUGUGUUUGAGCUUGAAGGUCCAUCAAUGGCGGAAAUGGGGGGCCUGUUUUGGGAGCAAGCCACUGGCCCUCUCAUUGCACCAAUUUUGAAGCUCUGUGUGGGUGCCUGCUUGGGGAUGUCCCUAAUGCUGUUCUUUGAAAGAGUUUAUAUGGCCAUUGUCAUCCUCUUCCUCAAGCUCUCCAGGAAAAAUCCCCACAAAACUUACAACUGGGACCCCAUUAAAGAUGAUCUUGAGCUUGCUCAUUCCGCUUACCCCAUGGUUUUGGUCCAAAUUCCCAUGUACAAUGAGAAGGAGGUUUAUCAACUGUCAAUUGGAGCAGCAUGUGGGCUCUCAUGGCCAUCUGAUAGGAUUAUAAUUCAAGUUCUUGAUGAUUCUACUGACCCUUCUAUCAAGGAUCUGGUGGAAUUAGAGUGCAAAAGAUGGGCGAGCAAAGGCAUAAACAUAAAAUACGAGAUCAGAGACAACAGAAAUGGGUACAAGGCAGGGGCUCUGAAAGAGGGAAUGAAGCACAGUUACGUUAAACUCUGCGAUUUCGUCGCUAUUUUCGACGCCGAUUUCCAGCCCGACCCUGAUUUUCUUUGGCGCACCAUUCCAUUUCUCACAAACAACCCUGAAAUCGCUCUCGUUCAAGCCCGCUGGAAGUUCGUGAACUCGGAUGAAUGUUUGAUGACGAGAAUGCAAGAGAUGUCAUUGGAUUACCACUUCACAGUGGAGCAAGAAGUUGGGUCUGCAACUCAUGCCUUUUUUGGGUUCAAUGGCACAGCAGGUGUUUGGAGAAUUGCUGCACUGAACGAGGCUGGAGGAUGGAAGGACCGCACCACUGUUGAGGAUAUGGAUUUGGCUGUACGAGCUAGCCUCAAAGGAUGGAAGUUUGUCUAUGUUGGUGACCUCAAGGUGAAAAAUGAAUUGCCGAGUACCUUCAAAGCGUACCGAUAUCAGCAGCACCGGUGGUCUUGCGGCCCCGCGAACCUCUUCAAAAAGAUGGUUGUUGAAAUCAUGAGGAACAAGAAAGUCUCCCUGUGGAAGAAGCUUUACCUGAUCUACAGCUUCUUCUUUGUUCGGAAGAUCGUGGCUCAUAUCGUUACGUUCGUAUUUUACUGUGUUGUUUUGCCUGCUACGGUCUUGGUUCCCGAAGUCACGGUACCGAAAUGGGGUGCCAUAUACAUUCCUUCGACGAUCACCCUCCUUAAUGCAGUUGGAACUCCAAGAUCCUUUCACCUGAUUAUUUUCUGGAUCCUCUUCGAAAACGUCAUGUCACUGCAUCGAACAAUGGCAACGUUCAUCGGUUUGUUGGAAGCAGGGAGAGUAAAUGAAUGGGUUGUCACAGAGAAGUUGGGGGAUGCGCUAAAGACUAAACCGGGUUCCAAAAUUCCCCGGAAACCCCGUUUUAGAAUCGGGGAAAGACUCCAUUUGCUUGAGCUUUGUGUUGGCGCCUACCUCUUCUUCUGCGGCUGUUAUGAUCUCAACUUCGGAAAGAACCGAUACUUCAUCUACCUCUUCCUUCAAUCGUUCGCUUUCUUCAUCGCCGGGGUCGGUUACAUCGGAACUCUGGUUCCCAACUCUUAGCAGAAUCAUUUGCCCAACCUCACACAAUAAUUUAUACCACACAUUGCUUCCCUGUGCCCCAAUAAGAGAAAAAAGGGUGGAAAGAAGAAGAAUCCUUUGGGGAAGUUUUUCCUUUUCUUAACUUAUUAUAUACCAUUUUUUGGAAAGAACUGUACUUGUUCUAGUUUGGUAUGACCAAAAGUUGGUUUUUUUCUUCAAAAAGUUGGGAGAGUGUUCAUUGAAAGCUGUUGUGUUGUAUUGUUGAGGAUGAAAGAGAGACGAAGAACAAUAAGAGAUUACUGCAAAAAUCUGCUCUAUGCAGUAUACUGUAUACUUGAAUUGUAAUGAAAAAAGAAACAAGCAAGAAUUUUCAAUCU